CAAGAAGGAAACGCCGCAACAUCGCCGGUGUCGGGUCUGAGAUGGUCUCAUGGUGGUCCGGACUUGGUCCGGACGGGCAGCGUGAGUGUCCGAGGCGGAUCCACGUCGAGUCUCAGUCAUGGCAUCAUCAGGAUCCUAUUUCUCCCUGUCCGUGCCACGGGACUCUCCCAGCAACUUUGCUCUUCCCUUCUAGUUGCUUUCAACAACUACCAUCAUGCAGUUCUCUGAUCUCCUCAACGUCAAGAAACAGUUGGCAUUCUACGGCGCCUACCACAACAAUCCCAUUAACAUCAAAAUUCACCAAGUCUGCGUCCCGAUCCUGAUAUGGACCUUCCAAGUGAUGGCCACGGCCAUCCCGACGCCGUCCUUCUUCCCGCAAAUCCACUACAGGCUCAAUGACUACCUGGUGUUUGACUUCAACUGGUCCUUCGUCCAGGCUGCCGUAUAUGUGCUGUACUACUUCCUCCUGGAGCCCACUGCGGCGGCUUGCUACGUUCCUCAGAUGACGCUGUCUGUGCUGAUGGCCAACGCUUAUUCAUACACUCAUAACUCAUUCAAGCAUGCUGCUGCUAUCCACAUCGUGUGCUGGAUUGCGCAGUUCGCUGGCCACUACGGUCCGGAGGGUCGUUCGCCCGCUCUCCUAGACAACCUCAUUGGUGCUGUCGUCCUUGCGCCAUUCUUCGUGCACUUGGAACUGCUGUUCGACUUCGGCUACAAGCCGGAGUUGCACCACGAGAUCAAGAACUUGAUUGGCACCGAGAUUCUCAGAGUGCGUAGAGCUGAAAAGGAGAAGGCAAGAGCAGCAGCGGCGCAGGAGGUCGGGAAGAAGGAAGAGUAA